GCAAGUGACCCCGGGGUUGAAGUCCCACCGCCCAAGUUUAAGUUUAGAAAACGCAACCGUGUGACACCAUUUUGACAUUAAUAAAUUUGAAACAAGAAAUUAAAAAAMUGGAAAAAAAAACGCUAGAAACARCUUUUCUCCUUAUUUUUUUUUACGUAACUCGGAGAAAUGAAACACGUCUGGCACAGUCAGAGUGAAUGUUUCUGUGGAAAAAGGAUACUUCCCGUGGUGAGGGGACAGGAGGUCACCAUUCGUAAAAUGGACAGGGACAACAUGGAUGGCCAGAUGCGUUCAUUGCCCAAAGAAGGAAGAGAGUUUGAUGCCAGAGAGCCAAACAGAGCUGUCAGAGUUCCUCCGUUUCAGGGUGUAAGAAGAGGAGGAGGAGGAGGAGGAGGAGGAGGAGGAGGAGGAGGAGGGGAUGAAGAAAAAGAGGAGGACAAGGACGAGGAGGAGGACACAGAUGAAGAUGAAGAACAGGAGGAGGAGGAGGACAACGGCAGCGAUGGACGAACCCGACGAGGAGGAGGAGGAGGAGGGGGAGCCAGAGGACAGGAGUACAAAGACGAUGAGGAGGAGGAGGAGGACAACGACGACCAAGAAUAUGAAGACAUGGAGGCGGAGGAGGAGGAAGAAGAAGAAGAGGAGGACAAGGACGACAAGGAGGAGAAGGACGGCGAGGAAGAAGAAGAAGAGGAGGAGGACGAGGGGGAGGAGGAGGAGGAGGACGGCGGGGAUGGACGACGCCGACGAGGAGGAGGUGGAGGACUAGGAGGAAGAAGACGAGGAGAAGGAGGAGGAGGAGGGGGGGGAGGAGCAAGUGGACAGAAAGGAGGAGGAGGAGGCGAAAGAGAUGGAGGGAAAGCAGGAAGAGGAGGAUGAGGAAGAGGAGGGAAAGGAGGAGGAGGAGGAGGAGAGAUGAGAGAGACAUGGAGGAGGAGGAGGGUACACACCUGCACGGGGGUUGGAGGACACGUCGGGUGGUGGCGCAAUGGCGAUGUGGCAACGUCUGACUCCCACGACGUGCCCAAGUCGC